UCUCAGUCGCCUGCAACUGCAAGUGAUAAACGCGAAAUCUUUUGGGCUUUGGUCCUAUCUGUUCACUCCGUUCACAAUGUUCGCAGCAAUGGAGGGAUCUCGAUCUCGAUCUCAGACUCCCGAGACUCACAUGCCAAUGAACAUGAAAUUCUGCGACUUCCAGGAGCCUCUGGACUCCACCACCGAUGGCAGUAAGACCCCUUCUGAUCAAGAGCAACCUGCAAGCCUCACCAACAUGAAGUUGGUUUUUGGACUUUUGGAGCGUGGCCUGCCCUCGCUGCAUCGUGGCUAUCGCACUCCAGACCCUUCCCCAACACGCACAGGUCAGGGUCUGCCAAAAUGUGGCGCCUACCAAGAGUUUGUAGAAGAGGAGGAAGAGCCUGUGCAGAUGCCUUGCACGCAGCGCGGACGUCAGCCAGCAAAGAAGAAGGACCGCUCUCCCAGCCCAAUGGCACCAUGGAUGCGGCUGCAGACACCUUCCCCCGAGCCUGUCCUGCCAAUGCCGGCCCUCCCCCAGGACUUCAUCAUGCAACAAGUGAAAAACAUCAGCGAGAUCCGGAAGACCUGCUGGGCGGACAUUGUCGAUGUGGAAGGUGCUGCUGAUGAAGCGGAAGCUGCAGUGGAGGAAGGCAAGGGCUUGCAGUAUCCUUUGUGCAUUUCAUUUGGCUCCCAAGGUCAUCCUUUCAACUGCGGACCAGCCUGCAAGUACGCCUCCAAAGGAAAGGGAUGCAAAGAUGGAGCCAACUGCGACCAUUGCCACCUUUGCAAGUGGAAGAAGCCUGUGUCAAACGCCAGCAACGCACGCCCAACACGCAGCCGUGGCCAGAAUCCACGUCAGCGUCGUGCGAAGAAGGAGGGGCAGUAAGCCAGGGCCUCAGGCACGGUGUCGAAGGAGUGUUGCUGGAGCAAAGGCAGAAGUGGUGU